AAUUGCAGAUCAAUGGCUCAACUUGAACGUGUGCAAAGACAUGGCGACUCUGAAACUACUACCACCCAUGAGCCAAAAAAACUUACUACCAGUACAAGCCCAACUAUGGAACAUUAUCUUCGAGGAGGUGAAGCUUUAAAGUCGUCACCAGCAUCCUCAUCCUCAUCAUCUCCGCUUGGGCACCACAAUCAAGAAGACGAUCACGGACACCAUCACAAGAAAUCUGUUCUCACUAAGGUGAAAGAGAAGGCCAAGAAACUGCGGCACUCACUCAGUCACAAGAAGAAGCAUAUGUAAGGUGAUAACAGCACCCCCACUUUGGGUGCAAGCAUGCAUGAGCAUGAAGACGAAGAACAAGAUGCUGAAUAUCUAGGAGCCCCAAUGUAUGAAUCAGAGCUGGCACCCGAGGGAUACAAGGAGACCGCAAAACUACAUCCCAGAGCAGUUCCUGUGAUUUCUGAGAAGCAUGUUUUGCCAAGUAGUGUCAAUCAAGAUGCUGAACAAGAUAACGAGAAGAGUCUUAGUCCUAACACGACAGUAACCGAAACUGCAGCUGUGAAGUCUCUUAGUCCUAACGAGACAGUCACCGAAACUGUGGCCAAGAAGCCUCCUAGUCCUAGCAAGUCAGUAGCUGAAACUGUAAAGCCUCCUAGUCCUAAGAAGACAAUAACUGAAACUGUCACUGAGAAGUUAGGACCAGCCUAUGCCACAGUAUCAGAUACAACCCAUGCCAUUGCCUCAAAGAUAGAAGGUCUCACUGUUUCAGCCCCUGCUGCAGUAGCUGAUGCAACCCACGCCAUUGCCUCAAAGGUAGGUCUCACUGUUGCGGCCUCAACACCUUCAGAAAACAAUGAAUCCUUGGAAGCUCCUCACACUUCUUUAGCAGUAUCAGCUCCAAAAAAAUCUUCAUCCCAGGCAGCUCAACAAACCUUGGCAGCCUUAGAGGCUCCGCAACCUUUGUCAGCCCCAGCAGCUCCACAAGGUGGAAAGCAUGCUGGUAGCAGUGACCAAAUAUGGGAUAAGGGUGUUUCUGUGAAGGAGUAUUUGGCUCAAAAGUUUGAGCCAGGGGAAGAUGAGAGAGCACUAUCAAGAGUGAUAUCCGAUGUAAUGAGUCCAAGGACAAGUCCUGGUAGUGAUGUUGGCAUGGUGGGAAAGGUGAAAGGGGCUAUAACUUCCUUGCUUCGGAACGAUGAGUCGCCCAAAACUACUACCUCACAAUCAGCCAUGACGACAUCACCAAGCUCACAACCAGCCAUGACCUCAUCAUCACCACUCUCACAAUCAGCCAUGAUCUCAUCAUCACCACGCUCACAAUCAGCCAAGGCCUCAUCACCUCGCAUUCCGGUCUCUACCAAUGCAUAUGAAGGCAGCUUCCAUGUUCAAAAAUCUUAUACACGGGCCAAGCAUAUCUGUGAAGGGCCACGGUCGUCAGGGCCAGCUAUAGAUUCUAUACUUGACACGUCGUCGAGGAAGAAAAUAAGGGGAGGAUACUACAGAGUAACUGAAAAGUGGAAAGCAACUGUUGAUAAAGAAAUAAUACUCUGGGCUUUUGUACAAGUUUCUACGCAUCAAUAAGUGGUUCCCAAACAUCAUUUACAAUGUUUGUGUAAGCUUUGUAUUGUUGCCAAUAAACAAAUUUUGCAGCUCCAGAAGUUGACAACUGUUGAUGAAAAUAAUUUCACAGAAGCUCUGUGAACAAUCUUCCAUACUAAUUUACAUUUACAUUUUUGAAAGUCAGCAAUCACAUAGGGCACAAGAGACGAAGAGAAAAUUUAACUGAUAAUCUUAAAUUUACAAUUCUUCUUGUUUUGGUUUCUGGCUGCAUAA